CUCCAACCCUCCCCUCGCUCGACACACCUCGUCCGUCCCACAACAUCCACCCACCCAGGACCACUCAUCUCACACACACCAUUCUCCCUCGCAUCGCACAACAACAGCCUCCCGACUCUACGCUCACUCACCCACCGCCUGGCUCCACGACACACACCCACACACUCCACUCCAAAGCGCCCAGUGCAUAGUCGACCCGACAAGCGGGGUGCUCGGCGCCCACCCCCACAUCGGCACCCGCGCACCAAAGCACAGCCCCAGACUGCUUCACCCUUCUCCCCUCCCCCCCUCUCUCCUUUAAACUCCACACACACCCCGUUAACGACCUCUCGCCCAUCGCGCGUCCUAACCCUACUGCGUGCGGCGCAUCUCACACACUAGCCGCAGUAUUAGCGACAUCGACGGCAUCGCGCGCACCACAAGGCGCAAUGUCCUCGCCUCGGUUCAACGCCGCGCCGCCGCGGCGAGACUCGGCUGGGGUGGUCGGACUAGCAGCCCAAGCUGCAAACCUCAACCUUGUGACGCGCAAGCCGUCGUCCGACUCGCUGGGACGACCGUCAACGUCGAGAAGACCAUCGGCGGCCUCUAGCGCUCACUCGCAGUCGGCCCAAACCGGCUUCCAACAACCACACUCGCCAGCGUCCGUGUCCUCGUCCGGCCACCCCUGGGUCACCGCACGCGAAGGCACCGACUCGCACUGGACCAACAGCCCCCAAGCAACGACCUCUGCGCUGCCACCUGCGCAGGGCGGCCCUGCGGCUCCUCAGCCCAUUCGGAAAAUGUCCAACCUACCGCGCAUCUCCAUGCCCGGCGAUGAUCUUGUCUCAGCAGAUGGCAGCGGCCCACGGAGUGCCCCAGUGUCUAGCCCUCUCGCCGGUCCGGCCCCUCCUUUCAUCCAACCUCCGGCGCGCUCGGCCUCAUCACCAGACCCACGACUAGGCUCAAAUGGCGCCUCCCCACUGACAUCGCCUGUUGACCACCGACCUGGCGGCCAGUUGUUGGGUGGCCCCUCUGGCGACGUCACGCCUUCCGGGUACUCUCAAUCACAACAGCGCGGGUUCUCAUACCCAAACACUGCAACGACGUCUGCAUCGCACACAGAAGGAGGUCUCACGCCUCGCCGGUCGGACACGCCGACGUCAAUUGGGUCAACUGGCGGGGCUGCCGCCUCGACAUCCGCCGCGCCCAAGGCUCAGCCAGAAAAGUCCCGGUCUGGCUCGGUCACAUACUGUGCCAAGUGUGGACUUGCUGUGCGCGGGCAGUUUGUGCGCGCUUUGCAGCACGUUUAUCAUCUCGAGUGUUUCAGGUGCAGAGAUUGCGACAAGGUCGUUGCGCAAAAGUUCUUCCCCGUCGACGAUAGCGAGGGUGGCCAGUACCCCUUAUGCGAACGCGACUACUUUGCUCGCUUAGACUUGAUAUGCGCAAAGUGCGACCAAGCGCUGCGGUCAAGCUACAUCACGGCGUGUGGUGAAAAGUACCAUGUUGAACACUUCUCGUGCUCGGUCUGCGAUACAGUGUUUGGCCCUGUCGACUCUUACUACGAACAUGGUGGUAAAGUUUACUGUCACUACCAUUACUCGAUAAGCUUUGCCAACAAGUGUGUCGGUUGUGAGACUGCCAUCUUGAAGCAAUUCGUCGAGAUCAACCGCAAUGGCCGAGACGAGUGCUGGCACCCAGAGUGCUACAUGAUACACAAGUUUUGGAAUGUGCGACUGGCCUCCCGCAACUUUACAACUCCAGCUGCUGCGACGCCAACGCAGUCAACAGUCUCUCUGCUCGAAAUGAGUUCGGCUGGCGGCUUGCAACCCAUGUCGGCGCAAAGCCCCAACGUUGCGUCGACGAGUACAAGCCCCGGCUGGGGAACGGACAUGACCGCCGAGGAACUCAAAGAGCGACAGAUUGCCAUGGAGCUCAAGGUGUCCCAAAUCUGGCUCGUCUUGUCUGGAUUCGAGGAGACAUCGGCAGCCUGCAUCGGCGAGAUGCUCCGGGUUGUCAAUGAGCGGAGAUUGCUGGACGUCAUCCUCCUCGCUGAAAAGUUCAUCCUCCACGUCGAAACGCUCUUCGCCGUCAUCGACGACAUUGAGGCCCAGUUUGCGUUGGCAGGGGUCAAAGGCAUGUCCCAUGCAAGGGAAGCCAAACAGCUGUGCCGAAAGCUGGUCAACUUCUUCUCCAUGUUGUCACAGAUCUCCCCCACUGGCGGUCCCAUUCCCAACAUGCAAGAUCUUCUGACGCAGGUCACUCAGCUGGCCCACUAUCUCAAGAUCUUGAUCCGCAUCGCCUUGACCGGCGCCAUCAAGCUGGAUCGCGAGCAGGGCAACCCCAAGGCCUUGAUCGACGCCCUCGCGAGGCUACACUUAUUGUCGCUGGACAAUGCAGACCCAGCGGUGCCCAAGCGCGGUGAACAUCCCGAGCCCACGGUCACCAUCCCACCUUGGACUGGCAAUGAGACGCCCGAAGAAAUGGCCACGAGGAGCUUCAACUCUCUUACAAGGCAGCCUGAAGGCUAUAUCCCCAGCACAAGGGGAAUUGCUUACGGCUACCGUAGUCUGGCACCAGAGGCCACUGGCGAAACCACUCUACGAGGACCGCAGGACGACCACUUUGUGCCCAACGACGGGUGUGCGCGUUGUAAUGGGCCGAUCGAGGAUGACUGUGUCCGGCAAGGCAUGUUCAAUCGUUGGCAUUCGGCAUGCGUCGAAUGCAGCACCUGCGGCGACAAGGCCAGCAACACCAAGGAUGCCGACAAGUUAAUCGCUCCACCACCCACAUCCGGUUUAACCGAUGACGAGUCUCACGAAGGCGGAUCAACCCACAAGGAACAUGCCUCCAAGCCUCAGCGGCGCUCGCCUCCGCGCGUCGGUGACUUCAGCUAUGAGGCUGCCCUUGUCAAGUUUGCCCCUCCACCAAACGAGAGCAUCUGGUGCAACCUUCACCGGACUGCGUCCGCCAUUGCUGGCUUCCAGUCCGUGUCGAGACUGGAGCAGUUCGCCUUCCUCCUCCACGUUGCUUUGCGACGUCUCUAUCUCCACUUCCGCGAACACCAUGGCAUCCCGAGCGGUAGGGCUAUCCCUCUUGACCCUAUGCUAAACGCCCCAGCUGUCACUUACAUCGAGGCAGGCCAUGAUGUCAAGCGCGUCAAGUCGGUCACACUGGACAGAAAGCUCUCGUCGACGGCCAGAGUGCCGCAGCGCCUUACCGUCGUGGAGAGUCCGUCUGGCCGGAUGGCGGACGCGAAUGGCCAGGUCGUGCCCGCGCGAGACCCUACGCCAACUAUUUCAUCGGCAGAGCGAGCUGGUACGGUCGAACAGAUCAUCCGCCCGCCGUUUGCGCGCAACAACACAUCUGUCCGGAUCGUUUCCGAAUCUGCUCCCGCACCGUUCACGAGCGAGCCGCUGGCAUCCGAGUCGCAAGAUGUGCUCACCCCGCUCAACACAUCGACGGCAAGCCGCCGCGUCCAGGAAGACGAUGCCAUCACUCUGAGCGACAUUCCAAUGCUCGCGAAGCAGUCGAUCCACCCGCGAUCGCCAAACGACAGCACGCCGCUCAUCGCCGAGUUGACUCCCCUUCAGGCGCUCAUUCUCCGCCACUUCUCCCUCAUCCUGCUUCAAAAGACAACGGGAAUGUCGGAGCAUGCCAAUGCCGACGAGAUCAUUGAUCUGCUCGACGCAAGGAAGAACCAAUGGUGGAACAAGCUGUUCAAGAACAAUGCCAAGAAGGAUCAGAAGAAGAAGGGCAUCUUUGGCGUCCCGCUCGAGAUUCUGGUUGACCGGACGGGCUCGGACUCGCAGCAGGGCGCGAACCCCAACGUUACGCUUCGUGUGCCCGAGUUCAUUGAGGAAAUCAUAUCGACAAUGCGUCAAAUGGAUAUGGCCAUCGAGGGCAUCUUCCGAAAGAACGGCAACAUCCGCAAGCUCCAGCUCAUUGCCGAACAGCUCGACAAGGACUACAGCAGUGUCACCUUGUCAGAGGAGAACCCCGUACAGCUCGCCGCGUUGCUCAAGCGAUUCCUCCGUGAGAUCCCUGACCCGCUCCUCACUUUCCGACUCCACAAGCUGUUCUGUUCCGCUGCAACGCUGCCGUCUCACGAAGAAAGAAUUCGGUCCCUGCACCUCCUCAUCACCUUGCUGCCGAAGGCCAACCGCGACACCCUGGAAGUGCUGUUUGUCUUCCUGCGCUGGGUCGCCAGCUUCUCAUACAAGGAUGAGGAAACCGGCAGCCGAAUGGACAUGGCCAACCUUGCUACCGUCAUCACGCCGAGUAUCCUCUACGCCAAGGGCGGCAAUGCUGCGCGCGACGAAAGCUUCAUUGGCAUCCAGGCUGUCCAGCAAAUGCUCGAAAACCAGGACGAGCUUUACCGUGUGCCGCCUGAGCUCAUGUUUGUGCUCCACGAGAAUGUUGCCGAAAUCUUCUCAAAAGAGAUCGACCUCCCUCCAAAGGAGAUUCACAAGCACUGUGCAAAGUAUCUCCAGCACAGAGGGCAGACUACAUUCCAACAUCGGCCGUCGAUCGCGGCGGGAGCUGGACUCCAUGGCGAGCUUCCCGCCCCUGGCGUUGGUGGCAGCUUACGAGCUGGCCCUUCGGCCGGCAACGGCUCACGACCGACCUCCUGGGGUGCCGGGCCCAGCAAUGCUGGUACUGGUGGCGUUCUUGCCAUGCCCACGCCGCAGAUCAACGGCCAACCCGCCAGCCCAGGCUUUGCCCCACCUGGACACGUCCCAAGCCCCGGACCGCCACCCAACUGGCGUGGUCCCUUCCAGGGCGCGGCGAGCAACGGCUCGAGACAAUCGUCGCGGGGAUCUGGCCCUCCAUCGCCUGGUGUUUCGCCCGACGACCGCCGCUCGUUCCAGAUGGAACGCGACCGCUCUCGGGAACGGGCUUGGACGCCGUCCAACCACCCCGACAGCCGACAAUAAGCACGGCCUUCCGUCUCUCAUUCUGGUUUCUCUGGCACGCCCCUUGCUUACCCUCUGCAUCUUUCCUACCUACCCAUCUUCAACAGCGCCCAUUCCCCCCACCUCUCGUAACACAUCACGUCCGACUCUAGUUCAAUGCCCACGGACUCUUGGUUGAGCCAACCCUACAUCACCCUGCGCGCGUCUGGUUCUCGAUCACACGCACGCCGCGACCAGCUUUGACGCCAUUCGAUUCUACGGCACCCGCCGUCGGUCGACAGCGCCAUCCUCCAUCCACAUUGCACAGAUUCAAACUAUGGACAUGUCUCUGUUCUCGUCCCUUUGACGCGACGCUAGCAUACCCCCUUUCAUUUUCUCUCUCGGUCUGCACGCAGCCCCGAUCUCGCUCUCGUGCCGGCACGACGACCCUCUUCUACUCGGUCCUUUUUACUUCUCCAACUCUCGUCUUGAAAGCGCCCUUUGCAACCCCCUUCCCGCAUUCGAUAUCCCUGCCUGCCCCCGUGGCGGUCUGUAUCACGUAUCGCCGAAUCCUGGCCUUGUGCUACCACCAAAU